AUGAGAUUAGGAACACUUUUGAGGCUCUUCAAUUAAUAAGAUGAAUAAUAAGUUGGAUUUAUAUCGCUAGAGCAGGUAGAUAAAAUUUUAAAUAAUAUUUAUGAAUGCAAUAAAGAAUGUAAAGAAUUUUCAAUUACUUUUAGACUAGAUUUACUUCGAUAAUCUUUUGCUCAAAGGUUGUAAGGAGUUUUCAAUUGAAGAUAUUAUUAUGAUCAUAACAGAAAUAGAUUAUUAUGAAGAAUUAAGAUAAUCUGUAAUGUAACAAUAGCAAGAAUAAAGUUUAAAUUAAAUGUAAAGUGAAAUGCUGAUAGCUUAAAUAGAAGUUAAUUAAAGAGAUAGAAGAAGAAUCGACUAUUUAAAUAAUCCUUACAUAAAUAAUUUAAUUACAAUGCUCAAAGAUUAUUAUAAAAUCUGUUGUAAGAAUGGAGAUGUAAAGGAAAUGCAUAGAAUAGAAAACAGAAUAUAGGAAAUUAAAGUAAAACAACAAAAACGCUGGAAAAACUAUAUUAACUAAUUACAAAAAUAUUAGGAAACUCUGAUUUAAAAAACAGCAUUUGAACAUUAAUAUCAUUAAUAAAAAAAAUGGAAUGAGUUUGUAAUAGAUUUCUAGAAUAGUAGAUUUUAUAAAUUUAAUAUGCUUUUAGUAAAAAAUAUAUAUAUAAUAUAAGGAACAACAAAAAAAAACUAUUUAAGAGAUGAGCAAAUAAUUUUAAGAAGAGCUUUAACCAAAAGUUUUUAAGGUUUCAAAAAAAGUUCUAGAUAUGAGAUCUAAAUAAAAAUAACUUUUAAAAUUAAAGGAAUUUUCAUAAGCAGAAAAAGUGAAAGAAGAAGCAGAUUUACUUGAAUACCUUGAAAAGAAAUAAUAAGAAAUGAUUGUAAUACAAACUUAAUUGUUAUAUAGUUAAAAACUUAAGUGAAAAGGAAAUUAAAAGUCUUAAAAAAAAGAUAAUCAUGUCAGAUAUCAGCAUUUAUGUAAAAAGUAGCAAGUGAAUAAGCAACUCAUCUUUUGCAAAAAUAAGCAAAUGAGAAUAAAUGGGUUAAUAUAAAUAAACAUUGUGUUUAAGACAUUAAUGAAAGAUUUAACAAAGAUAGAAUCAUAACAUUAGCUUCAAGAAGAUCAUUUGAUGCUUGUAGACUUAGAACAAAAAGUGCUAAUCCAUAAGCUGCUAGAACUAACAUAUCUCAUCAACUGACUUCACAAUAUGAAUGA